GUCAGUGUCGACAUCUAGUUCAGUUCAGAAAAACCAUUUGUCAAUCGGCUGUGAAAAACGUCACUCGAAGUGACACAUCGCAAAUGUUUACAACAUUUUUUCCAUCACUUAUCACACAGCCUAGACAAAACAACAAUUAAUAUAUCAAGUGAAAGCAAUGUCAACGGAAUCUAAUUUGCUGGGCAAGGCCACAGCAAUGGAUGAUACAAGACCUGGAAAUGCAAAUGCUGACGACGAUAAAGAUGACAGUUUGCGUGCGAAAAACAACGAAGCAUUUUUAGCAAGAGCAUCAAUGACGGAAUCGUACAGUGAAAUUUUGAACUCGCCAAUCGUAGAGACAAAUGAUUUGCCCGUUGAAUCAAAUGCUGCUCCGAUUGUCAUUCCGAGGCGAAGACCAUCCUCUUUGAAUCGUCAUCAUUCCAAUCAAUCAUCAUUUCCUCAUGGGUCGCUUCGAGUGGAUGACGGUAAUAUGACGCAUUUUGUUGCCGAUAAAAUCGAGUGUGCGAUCAAAGCAGCUAGUCCCAAAGACGGUGCCGUAGCCAAUACAAGUAAACAUAUGUCAAGAAACACUAUGCUACCGCAGGAAACAGCUACCGAACAAAUUCAGCGUCAAUUCUUUUCUGCAUUUCCACAAAUUGACGCAAAUGCACUGAAUGACAUUGAAAUUGAGGCUCAAUAUCUGGCAGCAAAUCUCGAUGGAAUUACCGAAAAUCUCGGGAAUUUGUUACAUUCGAUCUCCUCAAUUACUGCGGAUAAUGUGGAUACAUACAAAAAUGCCGUGAACAAAUUAACCGAUCAUAUGGAUGCUAAUAUCAAAACUAUGUACACCGUGAUGGCAAAGACUGAAGAACUAUCGAACAAAAUGAAAAGCACAGAAGCUUUGGCCGCAAGAAUACGAGAUAUCAAACGCCUAGUGGACGUAUUAGAUAGUGUAGCGUGAACAUGCAGUAAACAUUUUUCAUUGUUCCAUCAUUUUGUAUCAUUGGCAUUGGAUGUGGCAUGUACGCUCGAAGCAAUUUUGAUUCGGAAUUUCUGAAGCACAGUCGGCAAAGGACCAAAGCGGAAAAUGAGAUUGAAAUCAAACCAUUGCCAAACUUUUGAACAUUGACUGAAUGAAAAACUCAUACUCAAAUAAAGUAAUCAGUAAAUCAUAUGAAGAAUAAAUACAUGACACUUGAACCCAGAAAUUUUGGGCCAGAAUUAUAUCCAUCUUCUUUUUAGCUUCUUGGAUACGUUUCACCAAAUAUGCUUCUCUACGUCACUCCAAAUUGCAAGUUGCAACGGUUAUUACAGUCAUUCAAUAUAGAUAGAAUAAUAAGGAGUUAUCUGAAUUAUAUAGCACAAAAUAUCAUUCAGAAGAAAUUGUAUUAUAACAAGACAACAUUUUAUAUAAACCAACCAAAAUCUGUUCACUGUUUACCUUUGAAUAAUUGGGCUAUUUCAAAUCAUUAUAUUCAACCCAUCAUCAUCUGUUCACAUAAGAAAGACCAAUACUUCAGGGAAUAAUUGCAUCCAUCUCCACCAUCGUGUUAAUAAAUAAAACAGCAUAUGAUUUUCAUAG